AUGGAAUGGAAUGGAAUAUCAUGGGCCAGUCGAGGAGGAAUGGUUGCUGUACGCAUCGAGGCAUUGCUGAGCCUCACUGCUUCCAUGUUUGGUCCUUACAUGCUUUCUCGGGUGUCAGUUAGUGCUGCAAUCGAGUGCAUUAUGAUACCAUUUGAAGAAGCUCAGCCAUUACAAGCUACCUGGCACCUGAGGCAAGUGGUGCUGCGUUUCUUCAGAGAUUCAGUUGUGCCCAUCAUAGAUGUCUGGGGAAGCUGUGUGGGAAUACUACAUCGGGAAGACUGCAAUAUGUUGGAUGCUCCACUUUCAACAAUGAUGAGAAGCCCACCUCCAUGCGUCACAAGCUUGACAUCUAUUGGUCGUGUCAUUGAUUUGAUGAUGGAGAAGAGGUACAAGAUGGUAAUUAUUGUAAAAUAUGAUGAGUUUCAUGGAAUGUCUCACAGCUUUAGUUUAAGGGCAGUUGGUGUUUUUAAAUUUGAACAACUCUGUAAGCUUGCUAUUCCGGCAUCAAAACUGCAGGGGGAACAACCUUACGCCUCUCGAAUAUGA